AUGCUCCGCAGACUAGAACAGAUCUUUACUGCCCUUUUCAGCUGCUUCUCGCAGAGUGGAAUGCAGCUCAUAUAUCGCCCGCCAUGCCGGAGUGACUCUGCAGCAGAAUCUCCGGGGAAGAUCCCACAUUGCUCUUAUGUGACGGAGGCACAGAGGCCUAAAUUGCGACCAUCACCCAGUUCUGGUCCACCUGCACUUCCAGACCUGACCUUACCUUCGAGCUCCAGGGAUCUCUGGUCUGGGGCUACAGAGAGGCAUUGCUCCGAGGUCUUGACAGUGGAUGUGGCUGAAGUGCUACCUUUUCUAGCUUGCUGA